CGGCCGGCCGGGCGGGGUCUCGGUGCCGGAAGCCGGGCUGACGAGGGCGGCGCUCCGGCUGCCACGUUGAAGCGGAACGCGGAGGAGCCGGGGGCAAGGGAGCUGAGCCACCGCAGCGGGACGUGGGGCGCCGCGGAGAGCCCGGCCCCGCCAGGUGCUUCAUGGGUGUCUGCACGCUGGAUGAGGACACCUAGAAAUCAUCUUUUCCUUGAGCAGUUUCAGAGAAGGAUUGUGCAACCUUGCCCUUUUUUACUUAAGGGUUUGAAGUCCAGACAGGAUCUUUCCACACAACAGCAUUCUUCAGCCCAGUGGAGCACACACCUGCUUGGCUUAGAGUCAGACUCCCAACUAAACCUCACUCAAGUUUGGGAACAGCAUUUCUGGGACGGCAGGAUGAAGUUAAAGGAGAUUGAUCGUACUGCUAUGCAGGCAUGGAGCCCUGCCCAACAACAUCCCAUUUACCUGGCUACAGGUACAUCUGCUCAACAGUUGGAUGCAACUUUCAGUACCAAUGCUUCUCUGGAAAUAUUUGAACUGGACUUGUCCGAUCCUUCGUUGGAUAUGAAAUCCUGUGCAACUUUCUCCUCCUCACACAGGUACCAUAAAUUGAUAUGGGGACCUCAUACAAUGGCUUCAGAUGGUAGUCUUUCUGGAGUUCUAAUUGCAGGUGGUGAAAAUGGAAAUAUUAUUCUGUAUGAUCCAUCUAAAAUUAUGGCUGGAGAGAGUGAAGUUAUAAUUGCACAGAAAGACAAGCACACUGGGCCAGUAAGAGCUUUGGACGUGAAUAUUUUCCAGACAAACCUUGUAGCAUCAGGUGCUAAUGAGUCUGAAAUCUAUAUCUGGGACUUGAACAACUUUGCCACACCAAUGACACCAGGAGCUAAGACCCAGCCUCCAGAAGACAUCAGCUGCAUUGCAUGGAACAGGCAAGUCCAGCACAUCUUGGCCUCUGCCAGUCCUAGUGGUCGUGCUACUGUGUGGGAUCUGAGGAAGAAUGAGCCUAUCAUCAAAGUCAGCGACCACAGCAACCGGAUGCACUGUUCAGACUUGGCUUGGCACCCUGAUGUGGCUACACAGAUGGUCCUGGCUUCCGAAGAUGACAGGUUGCCUGUAAUUCAGAUGUGGGAUCUUAGGUUUGCGUCUUCUCCUCUUCGUGUUUUGGAAAACCAUACAAGGGGUAUUUUGACCAUUGCUUGGAGUAUGGCAGAUUCUGAGCUGUUACUCAGCUGUGGAAAGGAUGCUAAGAUUCUCUGCUCUAACCCUAAUACAGGGGAGGUGUUGUAUGAGCUUCCCACAAAUACCCAAUGGUGCUUUGACGUUCAGUGGUGUCCCAGAAACCCUGCUAUCCUUUCAGCUGCUUCUUUUGAUGGACGGAUCAGCAUUUACUCCAUCAUGGGAGGGAGCACAGAUGGUUUGAGGCAGAAACAGGUAGACAAGCUUUCAUCCUCCUUUGGGAAUCUUGAUCCAUUUGGCACGGGGCAGCCCCUCCCUCCGUUGCAGCUUCCACAGCAGACAACUCCUCAGAGCACUGUUCUACCAUUAAAGAAGCCACCCAAAUGGGUCCGACGGCCUGUGGGUGCAUCAUUUUCAUUUGGAGGGAAGCUUGUUACAUUUGAGAAUAUAAAGUCUCAUCAACAAGGACCCGAGCAGCAGCAGCACCACCACGUGUAUGUGAGUCAAGUUGUCACGGAGAAAGAGUUUCUGAACCGCUCGGAUCAGCUGCAAGAAGCUGUGCAAUCCGAAGGCUUCAUCAACUACUGUCAGAAAAAAAUAGAAGCUGCCCAGACUGAUUUUGAGAAAAAUGUGUGGUCUUUCUUAAAGGUGAAUUUUGAAGAAGAUUCUCGUGGCAAAUACCUUGAACUUUUGGGGUACAGGAAGGAUGACCUAGGGCAAAAGAUUACUUCAGCUCUGAAUAAAGAGAGUCUUGUAGAUGGCAAACCAGAGGAGGCUCUUAAAGAAUCGGACCAAUCAGUACAAAGUGAUGAUGAAGAUAGCCAAGCUACUGAAGAGCCGUUCUUGGGAGAGAGAACAAAAGAGGAGACUGAAGAUCUGACUUCUGGAAAAGAAACGUUUAACAUCUCUGUCAGUGGAGAUGUUGAUGGUUUGAUUACCCAGGCUUUGCUGACUGGUAACUUCGAAAGUGCGGUUGAUCUCUGCUUACAUGAUAAUCGCAUGGCUGAUGCCAUCAUAUUGGCCAUAGCAGGUGGACAAGAGCUGCUGUCAAGGACUCAGAAAAAGUACUUUGCUAAGAUGCAAAGCAAAAUUACCAGGCUCAUCACUGCCGUUGUGACAAAGAACUGGAAGGAGAUAGUUCAGUCAUGUGAUUUGCAAAACUGGAGAGAGGCGCUGGCUGCUGUGUUGACUUAUGCUAGGCCAGAUGAAUUUGCAGCUCUCUGUGAUCUGUUGGGCACUAGACUUGAAAACGAAGGGGACAAUCUCCUGCAGACACAGGCUUGUCUGUGUUAUAUUUGUGCUGGGAAUGUAGAGAAACUAGUUGCGUGUUGGACUAGAGCUCAGGAUGGAAACAGCCCCUUGUCCCUUCAGGACCUCAUUGAGAAAGUAGUAAUCCUGCGUAAGGCUGUGCAGUUUACACGAUCUAUGGACGCUGAUGCUGUCGGGGUUCUUCUGGCUGAGAAGAUGAGUCAGUAUGCCAAUCUGUUGGCUGCACAGGGCAGCAUUGCUACUGCAUUGGCUUUCCUUCCGGCAGACACCAACCAGCCAAAGAUCAUGCUGUUGCGGGACAGACUUUGCAGAGCCCAGGGAGAACUUCCAGUGGGACAGGAGACCCCAAAGUCCCCGUAUGAGAGAGAACCCAUGCCCAAGGGAAGAGCUGGACCUGUGGCUGGACAAAUGCAGAUGCCCCAAGGCCCAGCCCAGCAGUAUUAUCAGCAGGUUAGAAUUGCCCCUACUGUCACUACCUGGAGUAACAAAACUCCUACUGCCCUUCCCAGCCAUCCUCCUGCAGCCUCUCCCUCUGACACACAGGGAGACAAUCCUCCACCCCCAGGUUUUAUUAUGCCACCCGGGGCUGCUCAUCCGAAUGUGUCGCCACAUCAGGCCGCCUCUCCCGGCUACAACGUGUACCCGCAGGCGGGGGCACGACAGCCGUACCCGCAGACUUAUCAGCCAACACAGCAGUAUUCUUAUGGAACGGGGGGACCAGCACUCUAUCAGCCUCAACAACCUAUUGCUCCUCCUGCUUCAAACUCCUACGCUAACCCUCCCUAUAUGCCUCCUGCUUCUCCCCAUUCCGCGCCCUCUCAGUUAUAUCCAGGACAACCUCAACCCUCUCCAACAAGCUUGAAUCCUGGCUCUUCUUUCCCCGCCCCUCCUUCUGGUGCAUCCUUCCAGCAUGGCAGACAAGGAGCUCCAGCAACUUCUGUGGCUUAUGCACUGUCUACUGGACCAACAGGUACUCUGCCUGCAACCAAUGAGCUUCCUGCAUCCCAAAGAACAGAAAAUCAGUCUUCUCAAGACCAGGCCUCUACCCUGGAAGGACCUCAAAAUGGUUGGAACGAUCCGCCUGCAUUGAACAGAAUGACGAAGAAGAAGAAGAUACCUGAUAACUUCAUGCCUCCUGUUCCCAUCACAUCCCCAAUAAUGAAUCCUCUGCCGGAUCCACAAUCCCAGAUGCAGCAGCCGCCAACUUCACUGCCACCUGCAGCCCAGGCUACGUUUCAGCCCUCGCAUCUUCCAUCAGGGCAGCCCAUUUUACAAAAUCCUUUCCAGCCUAUUCAGCAGCCUCUGGGGCAAUCGGUCAUGCCUCCGGCUAUCUCAAAAACUAGUACAGAGGGAGCACCAGGAGCUCCAAUUGGCAAUACCAUACAGCAUGUGCAGUCGUUGCCAGCGGAGAAGAUUACAAAGAAGCCUAUUCCUGAUGAGCACCUUAUUCUGAAGACCACAUUUGAAGCUCUCAUCCAGAGAUGCCUGUCAUCUGCCACAGAUCCACAAACGAAGAGGAAAUUAGAUGAUGCCAACAAACGCCUGGAGUUUCUGUAUGACAAACUUAGGGAACAGACACUCUCCCCAGCAAUCAUCAACGGCUUGCACAGCAUUGCAAAGAGCAUCGAAACGCGCAACUACACAGAGGGACUGAACAUCCACACCCACAUAGUCAGCACCAGCAACUUCAGCGAGACGUCUGCCUUCAUGCCAGUGCUGAAAGUUGUCCUCACCCAAGCCAAUAAGCUGGGGGUCUGAUGUUACCCCUCUCCCUCGCCUAUGCAGAGCUUGUGAUGUCACUUUUCCAAAGAAGUACAUUUCUGCAAAACGUGUGCAAGAAGGGGACCAAAUACCAGACCUUAUAGCAUGUUGCAGUAGAUCUCUGAUCAAUGGCAUGACACUAUCCCUACAGAUAUACAUCAUCUUAGAAUGGCCUUUGAGCCCUGGUGCUUUUUUAUUUUAAUCUUUUAUCAUCCCUAAUGAUUCCUGUCUACAGACAGUAUAUUUAAUGGAUUACAUCUCGUGUUGUCAAUUUUAAGUGCAUGUUGUACACUAAACAGUGGUUUUUAAACAGAAGUGAGUGGGAAAAACUGAUGGUAGGUUGUGUAUCAGACAGACCUUAUAACACAUUCUUUCCGUCUCCCCUCCCAUUCCUCCAUAGCCACCAGAUUAAAGUGUCUGAUCCUCUUUUUAA